AUGGCUGAUACUACUAGUGCAGACAAACCAACAUCGGUACAUUCACUCGUGUUCCGUUCAUUGAAACGAACACAUGAUUUAUUUCUUGCUAAUCAAAAUGCACCUGUAUCACCCGAUGAAAAUGCCGAUAGUAUUUCCAGAAAAAUUAAAGCCAAGGAUCAGUAUGGAACUGUACUUACUUUACCGAAAGGUAUGAAACCACAUGUGAAAGGCGCAGCAGAAGCAACUAAUGCAGCAUCUGAAGCAACAAAUGAUGAAAUAACUUCGAGUGAUAAUGAACCAAUCGGUGAAAACAUUCCAAAUACAAUUGCAAAUCCUGACACAACAGCAGCAGCAGCUAAUGCGCCAAUGAGCAAUGCACUCGUUUUGGUAAAUAAACCGCAACAACAGCCAUCUAAUCAAUUACAAGCACUAGUAUCGAAGAAACCUGCAUCAGUUAUGCCUAAACCACAAUGGCAUGCUCCAUGGAAAUUAAUGAGAGUGAUCAGUGGACAUUUAGGUUGGGUUCGUUGUGUUGAUGUAGAACCAGCGAAUGAAUGGUUUGCAACUGGUGCAGCUGAUCGAGUUAUCAAAAUCUGGGAUUUAGCCAGUGGCACAUUGAAAUUAUCACUCACUGGUCACGUUUCUACUGUCCGUGGUGUUGCUAUUAGUACUCGACAACCUUACUUGUUUUCAUGUGGUGAAGAUAAACAAGUCAAAUGUUGGGAUUUAGAAUGCAAUAAAGUCAUUCGUCAUUACCAUGGACAUUUAAGCGCUGUUUAUGCACUUUCAUUGCAUCCUACUCUGGACAUACUUGUCACUUGCGGUCGAGAUUCCGUUGCACGUGUAUGGGACAUGCGUACUAAAGCUCAAGUUCACUGUUUAACAGGACAUACAAAUACUGUUAGUGACGUUAAAACACAAGCUGGAGAUCCUCAAGUUGUUACCGGUAGUCAUGAUAGUACAAUUCGCUUUUGGGAUCUUAUCGCUGGACGAACGACAUGUACAUUAACACAUCAUAAGAAGAGUGUACGUUCUCUUGCUAUUCAUCCCAAAUGGUACACUAUGGCGUCUGCUUCCCCAGACAAUAUCAAGGAAUGGAAAUUUCCCAAUGGUGAAUUUAUUCAAAAUUUAAGUGGUCAUAGUGCGAUUCUCAAUUCAUUGGCUUGUAAUGCAGACAAUGUACUUGUUUCGGGUGCGGACAAUGGUUCAUUAUAUUUCUGGGAUUGGAAAACUGGUUACAAUUUUCAACGUCUUCAAACUGCCCCACAACCUGGUUCUAUUGAUCCUGAAAUGGGUAUUUAUGCAAUGACAUUCGACCAAAGUGGUAGUCGAUUGAUCACUUGUGAAGCAGAUAAAACGAUUAAGAUUUAUAAAGAAGAUGAUACAGCGACUGAACAAAGUCAUCCAGUCGAUUGGGCACCAAACAUUUUCAAACGAAAACGAUUUUGA